AUGAGUAUAAUAUUCGAGAAUAACAACGAGAAUGAGAUUUAUCUCAAUUGUUUUUAUAAGGGUUAUAAGCAUGUUUUAACCUUUUAUAAUAAGCCGCCGCUUUCAGGCGAAAUCGAUUUGAGAAGCUUCCAAGAAAUCGCCGCAAAACGUUUAGCACUAUUACAGUAUAUUGAUAUGAGAAGUGAAUUGAAGAUAAAAUCGCAUAAAUCGAAAGAAUUCGAGCCUUUGAAAUAUGAUCAAAAAACAAUGGAGAGGAUGAAUGAGAUUGAAGAUAAAAUCCUAGAAUUUGAUCUGAUGUUGCCCAAAGUUUUAUACAGUAAAGAGGAAUUAAACGAAUUUAUACAUAUCGCACAAAGAGAUGUUAUAUCACAUUUUAUACUAAGAAUGGCGUACAUUUUACACAUAAUAUAUACCAACCGUGAUAAGGAUAAAACGGACUGGUUUAUAAAGAAUGAGUGCAAAUUGUUUGACAUAAGGCUCGAGCGACUGAGAUCAGUAAAGGUCCAGGAAGUUGACGGUGUUGAUAAAUUGGAAUCAUUUCUACAUAAUCAAGGAAUAAAAUAUCCUACCGUGAAAAAUCCAGCUAUCACCAAGGGACGCCAUAUGACUAAGGAAUUGAUAGAUUUUACUGACCUUAUAAGGUUUAGAUCUGAUUUCAAUUCUAUAGAUAAACUUUAUCAAGUAAUACAUACAAUUAUUACUCUAGUGCCAUUUUAUCCAGAUGCAAAUCAAUUAGUGAGAAUGAGAUUGGUGUCGAUUAAGAAUUCUGUUGCAUACGUACCACCAAACAGUUUAUUCAUUGUUAUAUCAACCAAGUUCAGAAAUGAGUUACAACAAUCGAUGAAAUAUUUGAAUGAAAAUCAAUCGAUGUUGGAUUCAAUAAUAUUAAAUGACGAACGACUGUGUGAUUUUAUGAAAGUGUUACCAGAAUCCUAUCUCGCCAACGACUACUCCAAAAUUACUUUUACAGACGAUACAAGACUAACACUAUCAAACAUUAAUCAGGUGUACAAGUUUACAUUUCCGCCGUGCAUGAGAAGAAUGUUUUCACACCUACUUAAGAAUCACCAUUUAAAGCAUGAAGGAAGACAGCAGUUAUGGCUUUUUCUUAAGGGGUUGUGGAUUAACUAUGGAAGAAUCACUACAAUUAAAUCGCAUGCAUAUAAUAUAAGACAUUUAUAUGGCAAAGAAGGAAAAAGAACUAGUUAUCCACCUUAUUCUUGCACAAGAAUGAUUAAAAAUUCUCCUCCAAAUGUUGCUGGAACUGCACAUGGUUGCCCAUUUAAAGAACUGGAUCCGAAAUCAUUAUAUCAAUUAUUACAAGAAUUCGGUCUUAACUCAACUCAAAUAGAACCGAUAAUUGAUUUAAAAUCCUCAUAUCAAUUUCAAUUAGCUUGUGUUGAAUAUUUUAACCAAACAACUCCCAACUCAUGUGCCGAUGGGAUCGGAACCAGCCCGAACACGUUUUUUCAUUCAAGUUUCAAAGCUAAGUUUCUGAAGAAUAAGUCUCAAGAUUAUGAACAAUCACAAUAA